GAAUAACUUUUCUGGGUUUUUAAAUCCUUUACAGCUUCUGUAUAAAAACCAGCAAAUGCUCUGUGUUCUUCCCAAACUAAAUCACAGAAACAAAUCAAAACUAAAAUGGAUUCAACAAGGCAACAGAGAACUGCUGGAGCUGUCCGUGUAUAUGAAGAUUUUGAGCCAUCAGUGGAUUGGGUUAUAGAGCCAGGAGCUGACACCCUCAGGGUCUAUCUUCCAGGGUUUAAAAAGGAGCAAAUGAAAGUUCAAGUUACUUCAUCUCGCCAUCUAAGAAUAAGCGGAGAACGCCAAAUCAGUGAUACAAACGUAUUUAGCCGUUUUCGCAAAGAAAUACCCAUUGCUUCAAAUUACGAUCCAAAUGAAAUAUCUGCAAGAUUUGAGAAAGGAAUACUUUACGUUAAACACCCAAAAAUAAUAGUUACAGAGCCUGAGCCACAAAAACCAAAGGAAGCUGCAAAGCCUCCAAUGUCACCAAAGCCUGCAGAAAAGCCACCGCAGCCGGCUGUCGAAGCUCCUAAGCCUCAAAAACCACCAACUGCACCGGCACAACCACAGCAGAAGCCGCCAACUCCACCAGCACAACCACCGCAGCCAGCUGUCGAAGCUCCAAAGCCACGAAAACCACCUACUGCACCGGCACAACCAUCUCAGAUGCCGCCAACUGCACUGGCACAGCCACCGCAGCCAGUUGUCGAAGCUCCAAAACCACAAAAACCACCCACAUUAGAGACGCUUCUGAAGCCUGAGGAAGAGAAAGCGAAAAAUAAUGUUUCGGAGCAAACGAUAGAGAAGGGGAAAGAUAAGGAGAGUGUGAAGCAAGAAAAUGAAAAUAACGUUGCUUGUUCUGUUAGGGGAAGUAGAAGCAAUUCUAAAAUGGUAAUGGAAAAUUACAAGAAGGUUUUUAGUGGUGUGAUGAUGGAGAUGAAGAAGAAGAAGCCAACGAGAGAUAUGAUUAAUAGGAUUCUGGUUGUUUUAAUUGUGAUAAUUGGGAUUUAUGCAAUGAAAGUAAUUAGGUCUAAUACAAAAUCUGAUAAUUAAUUCUUUUAAUUCCUUCAUUGUAAUAUUAAUUUCAUGUACUUUAUUUUGGAUUUUAAUAAUGUAAUUAUAACAAAUGUUAUAAAAAUUUCUCUUUUUUUC